CCAAUUUCACUGAGCGGAUCCGAUGAAGGAGACUAAUUUCGUCUCCUCUGCUUCUUGUGGCGAUCCCAUGAUCAGAUUAACCCUUAUGCAGGUUCUGGAGUUGGAAAAGGAAUUAGAAGUAAAGAGAAAGAGUUUGGAGAUGAUUAAACAAAAAAGGUUGACCCUCAAGUCAGAAGUUAGGUUCUUGAGACGUAGAUACGAGCACUUGAAGCAAGACCAAACUCUUGAAACAUCUCCAAAGAUGUUGAGAUUGUCAGAAUCUGGGGGUUUAGAUGUCCCAAGGAAACCAAGUGGCGAAAGGAAGAAGCACUCUGGUGUGAGAGCAUCUGUGCCAUGUUCUGAUUUGAAACUGAAGAAUACAAUUUGCAAUGAGAAGGAAGCAUUGGCUAAUAAUGCAAGUUGUGACUUGGAAAAGAAGCGAAAAAGGAGCAGAGGAAACGAGGUUUUCCCAAAUGCCGUUUCACUUCCUGACCUUAACGGAGAGGGAAACACUUCUGUCACCGACAAAGUCCCAGGCUUUGACCUAAACCAGAUCUCGAGAGAAGAAGAUGAGCCGGCAGUGAGUGGUGAACAUAUGGUCAUGGAAGCAAUGAAGAAUGCAAUGCGUGAUAACAGAAUCAGUGAUCUACAUGGCGAAAGAAAGUUACCGAUUUGCGGAGAUGUGGAGAAAGAGUUAAAUAGAGCAGUGAAGAGGAAGGUUACAUGGCAAGAUCCAUCUAUUUCGUACUCGAACGAAAAAGCGUUCUUCAAUCUUAUGGAAGUCAACGACGGCGAAAGAAAGGUGGAGAUGGGAUCGGGACUCUGCCCUGACUGGUCUGAGUUGACUCGGGAAUGUCUUCUUGACAUUUUCUCACGUCUGAGCCAGGAACAAAGAUGUAUCGGACCGACGCUGGUCUGCAAGAACUGGAUGAGCGCAUGCUAUGACCCGUCACUAAACACCAUCUUCGAUCUCGAAACUCGGUUUCUGUCGUUCCCGGAGUCGAUCAACUGGUGGACUCCCGAGUUUGAGGAUAAAGUCGAUUCCUUUCUCCGAUCUGUUGUUGAUCGGAGUGAAGGCGGUCUCACAGAGAUUCGGACCAGGCACUGCACAGAACGCUCUCUAUCUUACGCCGCCGAGAGGUGCCCUAAUCUAGAGGUACUUUGGAUUAAGAGCUGCCCAAAUGUUACAGAUGCAUCAAUGGAGAAGAUAGCUAUGAACUGUCCAAAUCUUAGAGAACUUGAUAUUAGCUACUCUUAUGGCAUAACUCACGAGUCUCUGAAAAUGUUGGGGAGGAAUUGCCAAAAUUUAAAGAUUCUGAAACGUAAUUUGUUGCCUCGGCUAGGUCCUAACCUACCUACGAUUGUCGUGCCAUUAGACUAUCUGGCUACAUUUCCUAGAUACGGCAAUAUAGAGGCUAAGAUAAUUGGGAGAUACAUGCCAGAGCUCAAGCACUUGGAGUUUCGAUACUCCACAUUGACUGCUAGAGGUCUUGACUCGGUUUGUAAGGGAUGUUCGAAUUUAGAGUACCUGGACUUAUGUGGAUGUAUAUCAUUGACCAGAAGUGAUAUAACCACAUAUACCUCGGGCUUGAAAUAUUUGACGGAGAUCAUUAAGCCGGAUUUCAAUCCUCCUAUUGCUAUUUUACGUGUUCCAAGACCGGGUAAUCCAAGAGAGGAAUGAUUGUUGGACGCACGUUUUGAUCAACUUGUUGACCGGUUUUUAUGCUCUGCUUCCUCUAUGACAUAUUUACUUUGUUUUUACUGUAUCUAUGUUUGAAUUCUUAAAACAGUGUGAAACCCUUCUUCUUUGUGACUUUGUCUUGUCACCAAAACUUUUUGUGUGUGUGUGUGAAUUCCAUCAAAAUACCAUUAAUAGCACAUUAUAUUCUUCUUUGCUUUAGGUCUGAAUCACAGAGUCAAGGAAAAUACACAUAUCGAGUAAAA